AUGCGGCAAUGGGGUUCUGAUGACUACCUAAUGGGCCUUGCCAUGUUAUGUUCGCUUCUCAUGUGUGGGCCAUUCUAUAUGUACAUUAAGCUGAAUUACUUUGGCUGGUAUGCGGUGGACGUGCCCGAGUUCGAUCCAGCACCGGGUCGGUGGUGGUUCUACAUGGCACAGUUAUUUUAUAAUCCGGUCCUCGCCUUCGUGAAGGCCUCAGUGUUGCUGUUCUUGCUCCGUCUGGGAGGGCAGAAGCCCGGCGUCCGGUACGCCAUCUACGCACUCGGUACUUUUAACGCCUUGCAGGCCGUCGCUAUCUUUCUAGUGGCACUGCUGCAGUGCCUACCCAUCGAGGCCAACUGGGAUCUUGCUGCUGCGGCUACUGCGAAAUGUGUUGAUCCUUCAUUCCACAUAUCAAUCUCGUGUUUGACCAUUUUCACCGAUAUUCUGGUACUUGCCCUACCGUUCUGGGUUUUCUUGGGCUUGAAGAUGCCGAUGGCGUCAAAGCUUGCUGUAAUUGGCGUGUUUUUGCUUGGAAUAUCAGUCACCAUCGUCGCCAUUGUUCGCCUUGUCGAGCUGUACAGGCUAUUCUACGUCCCCAGCGCGAAUGCCGAUCCGUACCAUUCCAUUAGUAUCACCCUUAGCGCCGUCGAAAUCAACGUCGCCAUCGUGUCCGCAUCCAUUCCUGCUCUUCGACCCCUUUUCCGCACCUGGCUACCAGGUAUCUUCGGUGGCUCAACUGGCCAAUACCAAAACACCAGUGCGAAAUACGGCACCGCAUCGAAGAGUGGCGGUUUGCCACGCAGCGGCACCUAUUACAACGACGCGAGCACCACUGGUAAUGGGACCAAUAGUGGCAUCGCGAUGAAAAGCAUGCGUGGGACACGGUUACAACAUGCGGAGUGCCGCAGUGUAAGCCCUAAUGGGAGCGAGGAGGAAAUUAUGACAUAUAAUGGUAUUAUGAAGUCCACGGAUGUGCGUGUGCAUUUUGAUGGUAUGAAUGAUAGUCGCUCAUUGUCCCGGUUGUCGAGCGAUCUUGAGGGAUUAAAGGACCCUCGUGCAACACCGUUAUGA